AUGUUUGAUAUUGAUGUUAAUAAGGAAGAUGCGUCAGGUACACCACUGUACGUAGCAGCUAAGUGGGGUCACACAGAGGUUGUAAAAGAGCUGUUAACACACAGUAAUAUUGAUGUUAAUAAGGGGGAUGAGUCAGUUACACCACUGUACAGAGCAGCUGAGAAUGGUCACACAGAUGUUGUAAAAGAGCUGUUAACACACCCUGAUAUUGAUGUUAAUAAGGGGGAUGAGUUAGGUACACCACUGUACAGAGCAGCUGAUCAGGGUCACACAGAGGUUGUAAAAGAGCUGUUAACACACAAUAAAAUUGAUGUUAACCAGGAGGGUAAGUGGGGUACACCACUGUGUAUAGCAGCUGAGAAGGGUAACGCAGAUGUUGUAAAAGAGCUGUUAACACACAGUAAUAUUGAUGUUAAAUUGGAGAAUAAGGAAGGUGACACUCUCCUCCUGAAAGCUGCUAGGAUGGGUUAUUUGGACAUUGUGAAACAAAUGUGCCAAGUUAAUGGCGUGGAUAAGAACCACGUUAAUAAUUUAGGUUAUACCCCCUUUCUCGCUGCUGCUGAGGAAGGUCAUGCUGAUAUAGUUAAAUACCUUCACCAAUUAGGCUGUGUCAAUAUGGAGCAAGUGGAUAACAGCCAGGCAAUAUAUGUGUUCUGUAAAAGUUCCGUCUUCAAAACACUUGUUGACAUCUUCGUAGAUCCAGACGUUCAUGACACCCAGUUAUCAAGUUUAUUGAAUGUAUUGUACGUAAGUUUGCAGGCUAACAUCAAAUGUGACUGUGGUGAGGUCAAGUCUCCAGACAGUCCAAAGAAAUCCAAAGAAGCAAAGAAGUCUAAAGAAGCCAUCGAAAAAGACGCUUUUAAAAAAACGAUCAAGAAUCGAUCAAUGUUAAAGAGGAUCAAGGAUGCUGCGCUCCCAUAG